AGGAGACGGCAGCCUCUGCCCAGGAAGCUUUAGCCUUUGGCCUUGCUCACCUCCUGUCUCUUGGCUGCAAGUAAACAUCGCACUGUGUGUGACUGCCAGCGAGCAGGGAGCUUCACAGAGAGGGGAACAAAGGCCAGGUGGAAUUUUCCUGAGCUUUUUUCCUCCCCAUCCCUAACCCCCAGGGAUGGGGUGGAGAUUAUGGCUGUGAGAUGAGGAGAGGGUGCCUCUCUGCAAGAUUGCAAUGCAGUGUGAUUCAGUGUGUGAACAGACUUGUGUUGUCAACUCAGAUGUUGAUCUUUCCUUUGCAGAGUGAGGGUUUCUUUUCCCAAACCCCUCUCUGAGUCUCUGUCAGUUGUUGUCCUCUCUUGCUUGGCUGUAUUUGAUGUCAUAACUUACUGCUAUUUGUGUUGCCGUUUAUUUCUCUUUAUUUUUGCCUGUAAAAGGUCAUGUAGAGAGGGCAGUACAAUUUGACAGUGAGGGAUACCACUGUCGUGAAUGCAUACACUUUACAGAGUAAACUGUGCAAAGCAAGGUAGAACUGGUUUAGGAAAGCACUGAAAGUAUCUCUAGUCAGUGGGUACAGUCAAGCUCUAUCUUAAGACUCUCUUUCCAUCUGCUGUUUUACUGUUUCAGAACCUUGUUCUGUGGUUAGAAAUGAGAACAUCUCUCACCUGAAUUUAUUUACGGUCAGUUCCUGAUUUUUUUUUUUUUUUUUUCUUGCUACUCUGUCCCUUUAAUUCAAAUAGCACAUCUUGCUCUCCAGUGGCUCUGGUGACUGUAACUAUGAUGUAUAAAACCUUCCUGGGCUGCAGUUUGUGCUAGGUUAGAAAAGCUCAAGCAGUGCAAGCCUCCUCUGGCAUGGUUAGGUGCCUCUUGGUAGAAGUCCUUUUUUUCACCCAGCGCAUUAGGUUGAAAUUCAACUUUCUUGAAUGAAUUUUACAGACUAUUUGCAAAGCUUUGGUAAUGCUGUUACAAUGCUGGUCUCUCUAUGACAAUGUCUUAUGCAGCUGUAACGUAGGACCGCACCUUUCUUUUUCAAGACUGUCAUUACUGCCUCACGUGGAUUUUUCUGCCCCAGUGAGCCCUCAGUUUACAGAUCAAGUUUUAAAAAUAAUAUUUCCUAACAGGGAUGGGUCUAAACAUCUCCACAGAGGGAGGGGGGAAAAAAAAAAAAAAAAGACAACUGAUUCGACUUGCUGUUUUCCUCAUCAGGCCAGAGUCUUUCCCUUCACUAAAUUCUAGGAUAAGCAGAGCUCCUGUAUGCUUGGCACUGAGUUAUAUCGCUGAUGGAUUGUGUGUCAUCAGCCACAGGAUCUCUUUAUCCUGUGGAGAAGGGAGUGUAUCUUCUCUGUGUUCAUACAACAAUUACAGAGUAGGUGCUGGCUCUAUACAGGCUGAACGGUGGUCAUGCCAGGAAGCUCUGGUAUGCAGGAAAACCAGUUAACACUGUAGAAAAAGAACCUGUUGUUUUAUUCAGAGCUGUAAACAGCUUCAGCUAAACCGAUGGGAUCAUCUGCAUAAUGUGCUUUAAAAUCCCUCUGUGGUUUGGAAGCUUCGUGUGUUCCUGCUGAGGAAGUUCUCUCCGUGUCAGGAGAGUCUUGCGACAGCAGCGAUGAAAUGGAUACAAAGGAAAGCAUCAAUGGGCGAGCUGCGUCUAGAAAAAAGAAGAGCAAAAGGCACAAAGAAAAUCCUGAUGGGGGUGGCGGAGAAGAAUACCCCAUUGAUAUCUGGCUGUUGUUGGCUUCCUACAUUCGCCCUGAAGACAUUGUCCGGUUUUCUUUGAUUUGCAAGAAAGCCUGGACUGUCACCUGCACUGCCGCCUUUUGGACCAGGCUCUACAGAAGGCACUACAGUCUGGAUGCGUACCUGCCUCUCCGCUUGCGGCCAGAGUCCAUGGAGAAGCUGCACUGUCUCCGUGCGUGUGUCAUCCGGUCACUGUACCACAUGUAUGAGCCUUUUGCGUCUCGAGUCUCCAGGAAUCCAGCUAUUCCAGACAGUACUCCCAGCACUUUAAAAAAUUCCAGAUGUCUGCUUUUCUGGUGCAAAAAGAUUGAAGGGAACAGACAAGAAGCAAUGUGGGAAUUCAACUUCAAGUUCAAAAAGCAGUCUCCCAGAUUUAAGAGCAAGUGUUGCAAAGGUCUUCAGCCACCAAUUCAGUAUGAAGAAGUCCAUACAAAUCCAGAUCAGGAUUGCUGUCUACUGCAGAUCACCACCUUUAACUUCAUAUUCGUGCCAAUAGUCAUGGGUAUGACAUUUACCUUGUUCACCAUCAAUGUGAGCACAGACAUGAGGCAUCAUCGUGUGCGCCUGGUGUUCCAGGAUGCCCCAGUUCGCAAUGGCAAGAAACCACGCCUUGACCAAGGAGUGCAGGUUGUGCUGGACCCUGUGCAUAGUGUGCGGCUCCUGGAUUGGUGGCACCCACAGUACCCCUUCUCUCCAAAAGCUUAGUGCUCUCCUGCGUCUGCAGGAGGUGGGAGGUGACAGUAUCUGGCAGGCUGAAGAGAAUUUCUAGGAAUCAGGAAAUCCUAUUUUUAUUUCUUAAAUAAAUUCUGCAGUCUCCUUGCAAGUGAUUCAAGCUACUGAGCUAGUCUGUAUGUAUAUAACUUCUGGUCAGUGAUGGGCAGAGCUGAGUGUAAAGCAGAAACUAUUUGUAAACACACUUUUAUGUAAAAUUCACGUUUUAUGAUUUGAAAGGAGGUCCCUGGAACUGUUCAUUUAAAAUCCUUUUGGUGCUAA